GCGUCUUACUGUUCCAUAUUAGUGUAGCGCAUACUUCUUAAUUACAAAGUAAACACAAAGCACAAAAAUGUCGUCCAAUGUGUUUGGGACUCCAAUCACCGACGACUACAUAAUGGGAUUGCCAGGCGCACCUGCGAUCAUAACGCCGGCAGCGAGGGCGCAUUAUGCUAUGAACAACAUCAACGACGGCAGCAAGAACGUCGAAGCGCAGAGCUACGCCGACAACCUCAAAUCCCAGUACGGCAGCGGAAUCACCUGCAGUGUCGUGUUUUACAACGCCACUGGCGGCACCCUCACCUACGUCACCGCCCACGACUACCACUGCCACAUCGGCGCUGCCCCUUACCCUCUCAAGUUGCAGAGCGGCCAGUGGGCCGCCUUUCUUCAUUUCCAUGGAACCUUGGUUGGAUGCUUCGGCGCCGCCGUCUUCGACGGUGCGAACGGAGAUGGAGCUGGCCGCGACUGGAUGAUGGCUUGGUCCAUCCCUCUCAUCGGAGAAAACCACGUGUUUGGAGCAUAAUUUCUAAAAGUAUGGAAAAUGCUGGGCUUGAAACAAACAGAAGACACUUGGAGUAGAUGUCCCUCAAAAACAAUAAUCGGUGAAGGAACUUCUUCGGCUUAUUCUACAAUAUUUACAUUGGAAGGCACUAUGUUCCUAGCCCAAUGGGGUGGAGUGCUUUAAUUGCAUUUUAGCAACUAUGAAGAAUUAUGUAACACAGGUUGCGUGUCUUUAUAAUCACAUGAUCUCUAAUAACAUAAUUGUUAUUAAUAAUCAAUAAUGUUACUCUCCAUAAUCUAUUGCAAUUAAUAUGAUAAAAAAAUAUUUCAAUUAUUGUGCUUGUAUGUCGUUGAUGUCUUUAUGCACAUGAUUGAUUAUGUGUAGUAAUAAAUAGAAUAUGUUUUUGUGUA